GAGCGACGUUUCGAAAUGCAAUGAUUGGCAAUGGGUGUGCACCGAGCAGCUCGUUCUCCCUGCUUUACUUUACAUUCAUUGCACCGCUUCAGUUGCCGUGCUGGGGCUACGUCGAAUACACAGGAAACAUGAUGAUGUGUUCAGUUGAAGCCGGGACCGGUCCGGACGAGUCUCGAGAUCGGAGAUCCGCCGCUGUUCUCGAUCGUUGUCAAAGAAACACGUCGCAGGCUGAGACUGAGUGACACAUUCAAUUGUUGUUACUGUUUUUGUCGCCCCCGCCGUGCAGAACUUGUGUGCGCUUCGCUGCCGGCCAACAAUCAUGAAGGGAUUGUACUGCCAGCAGAAUGGCGGCUCAGGCGACGUCGUGAAGUUUCUCAUCCAGGAGACGAACCUGCCCAGCUGUUUAAAGAGCCACCAGGUGAAAGUUCAAGUGAAAGCCUGUGCUCUAAGCCCAGUGGACACAAAGAUCCUGGAUGACCUGAAGCUGAGCAGGGACUUAAUACCGGUUGGGAGGGAGAUCUCUGGAGUUGUCCUCCAAGUUGGACCCAAGGUGACAUUUUUCCAACCUGAUGAUAAAGUUGUAGGUAUUCUACCCCUUGAUGCUGAACUGUCGGGUCUGUGUGAUGUGGUUCUGAUCCACGAGCAUCAUCUGGUACCAAAGCCAGAGAAGGUUGGAUGGGUGGAGGCAGCUGGGACAAUCCGCGAUGGACUGCGAGCCUACACUGCUCUGCACAGCCUGGGUCGUGUAGCUACAGGACACACCUUGCUCGUGCUAGAUGGAGCCACUCCAUUUGGAAUGAUAACCAUCCAGGUGGCCCACUACCAUGGUGUGAAAGUUUUGGCUACAGCCCUGUCCCUGCAGGACCAGCAGCUCCUGGAACAGUUGCGGCCCAGUGUUGGUGCACAGGAGCCUGUCAUAGCCCGGGUCAUUGGAGUCUGGGAUGGGAAAGUGGACCUGGUGGAGGCCUGUAUGGAGGAGACAGGAGGUCUUGGUGUAGACAUCAUCAUUGACAGUGGAGUGAGGCUGUAUGAAGAGGAGCCUACUGGCCAACACAUGCUCCCGCACAAGCAUGACCUUAUCUCUGUCCUUGGUGUUGGAGGCCACUGGGUCACUACAGAGUGCAGUCUACAGCUGGACCCUCCAGAUAGUCAUAGUCUCUUCCUUAGGGGUGCUUCACUGUCUUUCCUGAAUGAGGAAGUAUGGGGAGCAUCCAGGAGCAGUCAAGGGAAAUACCUCCAUAUCCUGAGAGAGGUGGUUGAAAAGUUGUCCACUGGGACAUUAAGGCUGCAACUGGAUGAGCCUGUGCCUUUUUACGAGGCAACCGUUUCAAUGGAAAUGGUGCAGGCGAGGCACGUCAGGAAGAGGUUGGUGGUUCAGCUGUGAUGACUGUUUUCCAGCAUUCCACCGAGACCCACUAGGCCAAUGAACCAUACCACAAGUGAAAGACAAUGAUGAUUGCAAGUGUAUCCUUCACAUUAUACAUAAAUGACAUUACAAUGAAGGCUGCACAUUCAUUCUUUGAUUAAGCAUUAAAGUGUUUAUUUUCAAUAAUCAUCCAAAUAACUUAUGCUUUUUUAAAACAAUUUCAUAAAUAGUACUGUACAUUGUACUCUUGCACAUAAAAAAAAAAAAAUGCAUUAUGUUUCUGGUCACAUGAUUCUAAAACAAUGGGGGGAAAAAAUGCUUUGGGGGGGGGUUCUAGAGCUGAUAAUCCUGAACUAAUGUGUUUACAGCCCUCUAACUUGGAGAGUGUGUGUUCAGAAUUUUGGUAGUCUUCUGGUUGUGUCAUACAGUAAGAAUUACAAUAUGGUAUAAACACCAGAACCUUACCACUGCAAAGUUCCCCACAACACUGAUGCAGAACCAUCUGGGUUAUUUUUGCUGUUCAAUUUCAUUUGAAAAAGUAAUUUUAAACUAUUAAAUAAAAUGAACAACCAGAGUUCAUUAGAAUGGCCUUUUGUUCUAGGUCAUGUGUGCAUGCAAAGUAAACUCAUAUGCAUUUAGACCCACAGAUUAUACAUUCAGCAAAUGCCCAUGAUAAACCCAUGAAUGAACAUAGCUGUAUUGAUGCAAAUUUUCUUGAUGGGGACUGUUUAGCUGCAGAGGUGUUGCCUUCUGCCCAACAUCUUUGCAGUGCAGCUGAAGGACAACAGAUGGACUGCAGGUUUACUUAGAGCAUAGCCAUGUCCCCUGAUCCCCAGCUUUCUCAGUCUCUGCCCAUUUUUGUAUAUUGGGUACUUUGGGUAUAUUUUUAUUUUUUUUUUUUAUCCUUCAUUCACAU